UCUGCCAGUCAGUUGGUGGUUUUCAAUCAAGAAGGAUUGAAGUGGAAGACAGAGACGUCAGCAGAGAAACACAAUGACUUCUCAAUAUUUUAUUUAUGACAUUCCCGCCAAGAUUAUGGAAGAGUUUUAUGUGGUGAUGGACACUUUGGCUACUGGAGUAUGGCGUCAGUUUGCCUCUCGCAUCAUCACUGAUCAGACCGAAUUAAGGAACAUUGAGUCUUGUGGCCGAAAGCCCAGCAGCAAAACCAGAGAGCUGAUAUGGGCUUGGGGAAUGAAACAAGCCACUGUCCAACAGCUUCUGAACGUCCUGAAUGAGAUGCAGCUGUACAGAGCUGCCCGUGUAAUUAUGUCAUGGACAUCGGAAGAUUCAUUCAUUGCUCAGCCUGCUUCCUCUCACAUACCUCUGCCAGAAACUCCCGAGAUGCCUCAGUCUUCAGUUUCCUCCAGACCACUUCUGGAUUAUGUGGCCAAUGUGGACUCAGAUGUCAAUGUACACAAGCUUGAUCUACUUCCUGGACCACCGAGCCCUCCUAGCUACUUGAACUCCAAGCUAAACUGUGACAAACUUGAAAUACCAUCAGGGAUGGAUGACAUUAGCCACAGGCCCUACCAGGAAACAAAUCAACCUGCUGAGAUACUCAGCUGCAUGUGGUCCUUGGUGCACUUGAAACAAGCCACUGAUAAUUUCAAUGAAAAUUUUAAGAUUGGCCAAGGUACAUUCGGCUGUGUCUACAAAGCCAACCGGUUCAAUACUGACUAUGCCAUAAAACUGUUAAAUAAGCUGCAAGACGUCAACUUGAAAAGCGCUCGGGAAUUUUUUUGCAGAGAAGUUGAAAGUCUCUACCAGUAUCGGCACUCCAACAUUAUAGCCCUAGAAGGCUACUGUGCUGAAAAUGAUUCUUACUGCCUUAUUUAUCAGUAUAUGUCCAAUGGCUCGCUUGAGAACAAGCUUCACUGCAAGAAUCCUGCUGAUGUGAUUUUAUGGGAAGCACGUAUUAAGAUUGCAGUUGGAACAGCAAGGGCAAUACAAUACCUGCAUCAGUGCGAUGUACCGCUAAUUCAUGGAAAUAUUAAAAGUUCAAAUAUCCUGCUAGAUGAAUAUUUUACACCAAAAUUGGGAGACUUUGGGCUGGUGAAGAUGGGCCCUCUUAGCACAGAUGCAAGUCAGAUCAACAGCCAUACCACAUUAAAGACCAAGACGUUACAGGGACAUCUAGCCUACUUACCAGAUGAGUUUGUACGACACAGAUGGCUGUCUGAAAAAAUUGACACCUUCAGUUUUGGAAUAGUCCUUGCUGAAAUUCUGACUGGUAUGAAAGCGGUGGAUGACAGCAAGCAACCAGCAUUUCUGAAAGAUCUCAUGUUGGGAGAGCUGGAAGCAGAAAAGCAAAUGAAAAAUCCAGAGAAAACGGCAUACAAAAUUUGUCAGAUGUAUCUGGAUCUAAAAGCUGGUCUACUUCCCCUUCAUUUUGCAGUUAGGUUUGCUGCAAUUGCCUGUCUGUGCAUCAAAAUGAAAAGACCCAAGAUGAAAGAGGUUUACUCUUUGCUGGAAAGUUUACAGCAUGAUCUUAAACACUAUGAUGUGCACAGCUCUCCUGAGGAGACAGAUGAUGUUGCAUGCAAGCUAAAUCGAUUGGCCUUGUCUCCACUGGAAAAUACAGAGAUACUCUCUCCUUUUCUGGAUCCCAAUAAUGGCAUUAAGUUUUCACUACCCCAGACUCCAACCAUUUUCAAAGACUUAAGUGGAAACUCAGAACAGCCACCUGAUCCAGAAUUGCUUAAUGUACCAUGUGAAUCAGAUGAGUCUGACAUGUUUUGUUCCUACCCUGUGCUGGAAAACGUUUGCCAUUUGUCUUGCAAAGCAUGCAAUGUUAAGACAAAGUGUAUGUACAGUGAGUACAGCUCGUGCUCUAACAAAUCUGAAGACAAUUCAAAAAUCAAAACACCUGGUUGCAAGCCCAACAGUCAUUUUGUUCAAGAAUUAUCUCCACCAAGAUACCGGGUCUCAGAUAAACCUUAUGUUUCACAUGACUAUUCUAGUGCUGCAUCAAAUGGUGUUUGUGAAUUUGCUCCAUAUCCAAAAGGCAGGACAGCAAAUCCUUUGAACCAUGUUGGAGACAACUACAAAGACUGUUUGAAGAACUAUUGCUGCAGUUCUGAUGAUUCUCCAAUGCUGUCUCUUCAGAACAGAGACAAAGCAAUAGUCAGUUCAGGAUCUGCAAAUUCAAAGACACCCUCAAGAGAUCUUUCCUACUGGAAUUAUAACUUCAAUGAACUCUGUCAUGAAGCUUGUGCUUCAGAGAAUUCUGUGGGACAUUGCCCAGCAAUGCCCAAUGGCACGAGUCCAGAAGUAACAUUGUCUUCCUCAAGUAUUGAGAUCAAUCCUCACAAGAAGAAACUACUAGAUAAAAUUGUUUUAUAUGAAGAGGAACAGAUCAAUACUACUGAACUCCUCUCAGCUCCCUUUGUAACUGAGGUGAUACAGUGUGAGGAAGGCCCUUCCAGUCGUUCGAGCUGUGCAACCCCAGCAACCUCCAACAACUCUGGUUUAACCCUAAUUUAAUCAUGGGACAAUUUACAAGGACCAAUUAAUCUAUCCGGCUCAUCUUUGGACUGUGGGAGGAAAGCGGAUCACAUGGGAAAAACCCACACUUCCAUGGGAAGGACAUACAGACGGCACUGGAAUUGAACUCCGAUGCCCAGAGCUGUAAUAACAUCACACUAAGCGCUACGCUGCUGUGGUAUACAAUGCUGUUGAAUGACUGAGUAAAAAUAAGUUGAUGUAACAGUUUAUUCCAUCAAAAAUAUAUUAUAGCUUUGUAAAUUGUUUUAGUUCCAACUGACCAAAAGUAGAUUGUUUGCUUCCUAACCUUGUAUAAACUGAUCUGCAGACGCUACAGCCGAAUGGCCUCUAAUUGACUAGAAAGUAAUUCCAGUUAAGUUUUCUUGGCAUAAUUAAUGUGUUUUUUUAACAAAAUCUAUGACAAGGAUAUGCCAUGAAUCUCAAAUCCCCACAAAUUUUGGUCAGAAGGAGAAGAAGAAACUUACCAUUAAUCUUUGUGAGCUUUGAAGAAAAACACUGCACUUUGGUUAUUAUAACUACUUGAACUCACAGUAGAGAGUUUGGUGUUUAACAAUGCAAAAACUUUUCUCAUAACUAAUUCUACAUUCUUAUAAAAUGAGUCAACCUCAGAGUGCCACAAAAAUAAUUGAAAUUGUGGAAUUGUCCUUCUGUAUAAAGUUUCUAAGCAUCUUAAAUUAUAACUUUAUAAUUAAUUAAACUCACAAUAGAGAGUUUGGUGUUUAACAAUGCAAAAACUUUUCUCAUAACUAAUUCUACAUUCUUAUAAAAUGAGUCAACCUCAGAGUGCCACAAAAAUAAUUGAAAUUGUGGAAUUGUCCUUCUGCAUAAAGUUUCUAAACAUCUUAAACUAUAACUUUUUCCACUUUGGUCUCUCUCACCUAUCUUUCCCUCUGUUUCCUUUCUAUAUCUAGUUUUCAUCAGCUACUUUUUUAUUUUGUUCUUUUUCCUUGGUUAGGAGAUAACUCAUGUUUCAUUUAACUGAUAGGUACCUUGUUAUUUUCUAACAGUGCCAAUAAUUUGCAGCUGCAAAAUCUUUUGGUGCAAUAGAAGUUUAAAAAAACAUAAUAGAGCAUAAUAAGGUUUUAAAAAAUAAACAUAAUAGGGUUUAAGAUGUGCUAUUCUGGGAAAUUCUGGAAGAUGCUGAUUAUCAGGCUGAAUUAUAAGAUGGUUGAUUCCUUUUAUAAACUCAUGAUGAUUUUGGAUAUUGAUUCUAUUAACCUCAGUAUACUUCAAAAUGUUAUUU